AUGGCGCUAUUUAAGGCACACUGGGCCGUGCCGAGCUUAAUGGUCAGCUGUCUUUUGUGCGGUAUAGCUUUUGCGCUCGGCCACCAUUUCUUCUACGCAUCUCUGAAUUCAAAAAUUGUGCAAAGCAACAUCGAACAAGAAUGGAACAUUCGCAUCGGAACUGGCAUGGCUUUUCUAGUCAAAACUUGCCUGACAGCAGCUGCUGGAUUUGCCUAUACACAACUACUGUGGACGACGUUACGAUCCCGUCAUGCAACCUUGAAAGGAGUAGACGCCAUGUUCAGCAUCACUACUAAUGCGUGGGAAUUUUUAACCCUAGAGCUCUGGCGAAAGGGAUUUGGGGCGCUACCUAUUGUUGCCGUUUUCACCCCCGCGGCGCUGACAGUUCAACCAUCCAAGCAACUCAAUGAGUCGAAACAUAUUAAACCCUUGCCCACAAUAAACUCGACUAGCCCGUAUCCAUUUGCGCAAUGGGGCAACGAAGGUGGCGGCGGAUAUGUUGCCCCUUCCGUUGCCGUCGCCCGACUGGUAUCGUCUGUAGCAUCUCAAGGGUCCAUUCUUCCCAUACAGGCAAUGUAUCUCAACAGUUCAUACUCUCUAGAUUUCUACGGCCCUUCUUUAUCAUGCGGACCAUUGGGGGGCAAUUCUGAAUUCCAUGCCGCUUAUGAUAAAACUUUUCAAGAAGCAUAUGGAUCAGUAUGGGGAAUGGCUAAUCAAGUCGUUACAUAUUUCAGCUUUGUUCCUCAGACGGCACGGGAUAACAAAACAGGAGAUACCAUCAUCAACUGGGAGAAUAGAACAUUGAGUGGUUUGCGGGCAAUUUUCGACCCCGAAACCAUUCUCGACUUAAGUGGGAAUUUGGCCACUAUUGACGACACGGCGAGUUCCGCAGACCACCAAGCACGUUGCCGAUUUUUCGUUGGAUUUCCAACAUACGGCUCAUUCGCAAAUAGGACUAUAGAAUGCGGGCUCUAUAAUUCGUCUUACAAUGUCGAUUUAAGAUUCGAGAACGGCAAACAGACCAUCGACAUCCGCAACUUGACAAGGCUCAAUCCUGUUAGUGUUGCAACCGUAACUGGUCAAGGUGACCAUACAAUGCCUGAGGUUGCGUAUGUAUCUAUUAUGGAUUCAUUGGGCGGCAUCCUAAUGGGGAAGAUUAUCGCAACGCGUUAUGGCUCCCUUCAACCAGUACGAACUCAAGUGCUCUCCACCGUGCUCACCCAGGCUCACGAUAUGCAACAUUUGCAAAAUGGUUUCGGCCAGACAGGCAUCCUGGGUGAGAAAUCCGGAAACGGCACCAAUCUCACCAUGGCAGAGACUCUGGAACAACUUGUAUCCAACAUCACCUUGAGUCUCUUCAGCAACCCAGAUCUACUGUAA